UAUUUAUUCAAAUUGAACAGAGAUCCUGAUAAGAGAGAGAGGACGGAAAGAGAGAUAAAGUUAAAGAAAUUAAAUACCACCAAUUUCACCAAGAAACUCUCUCUCUCUUCCUCCUGUCUUGUUUCUCUCUCCUUCAAAGUUCAAACCUUUAAAACUCCUCUGCAGUUUCUCCUACUUCCCUCCUGUUCUUCUUCUUUACAGGUAACUCAAACUCCAAUAAUUAAUCAGCGACUGAAUAAAAAAAAUUUGUCGUAGAAAUGGAGGUAGCAGUGGCCAAAGCGUUGAAACCGAGUUUAAGGCGGGAGUUCAUCGUCCAGCAAACGCACUGCGAGGAUUUUUUUUCCCUCAACGCCAACACCGUCGCCGGAGGCGACGAUUUCUUCGUCGACGACCUAUUUGACUUUUCAGACGGCUCUCUUCACUACGAACCACAAGAAUACGUUGAAGAAAAAAAAAGUUUAUCCGCCUCGUCGCAGUCAAAGGACCGUGGAGAAGACGAUAGCAACUCUAAUUCCACCGGAGUUUCCUACGAUUCACUUUUCUCCGCCGAACUAGCCGUUCCGGCCGGUGAUUUGGAGGACCUAGAGUGGGUUUCACACUUUGUUGAUGAUUCUCUCCCGGAGCUGUCUCUUUUAUACCCGGUUCGUUCGGAGGAAGUGAACCGGCGGGUCGAACCGGAACCCUCAGCGAAGAAAACGCCUCGUUUUCCUUGUGAAACGAAGAUAACAACCAAGACGAGAACCGUGCGGAAUAGAAAACCAAACGCUCGCGUGUGGUCGUUGGGCCCGUUGCUCUCCCUCCCGUCCUCGCCGUCUUCGUGCUCUUCUUCCUCGACGGAGCCGCCCGCGAAGAAGCAGAAGAAGCGGGCCGAGGCCCAGCCCGUUGGGGCCCAGGUUCAGCGGCGGUGCAGUCACUGUCAAGUGCAGAAGACACCACAGUGGAGGACGGGCCCACUGGGCGCAAAAACCCUCUGCAACGCGUGCGGGGUCCGGUACAAAUCGGGUCGGCUUUUUUCGGAGUACAGACCGGCCUGUAGCCCAACCUUCUGCAGCGAUAUUCACUCCAACAGCCACCGGAAAGUGUUGGAAAUUCGCAAAAAGAAAGGGGUGUCUGGGGCGGAGGCCCAUCCCCAGGCCCAAAUGGUUCCCACCUGCUGAUAUUUUUAGAUUAGGUACACAGAAACCGGUUUGAACCGGUUUGUUUUUUGUAUUAUAUUUAUUUAGUGUUUUUUUUUUUAGUUAUAGUUAGUGGUAGGGUGUAGUUAGGUGAGGGAUAUAUUAGUAUGAGAAAUAGAAAUUAGGCAUUGAUUGUUUGUAACGAUGUAUCCCAUUUUCGUUAGCAUAUCGAUUUUAUUUAAGUUAAUUGUGAAGAUAAACAACAACAAAGUCUUUUUGUUUUAUUAUUAUAUAUAUAUAUUGAGUGAGUGUUAGUGGGAAAUGGUUGAUAUUAUUAGAAGAAGAAGAAGAUAGAGAGAGUAGUGGUAGUGCAAUAUAUGUAACGUGCGUGCAUGUGGGUUUUGUUGUAGUUGGUGGUGGGACAAGGUGCCAUGAACUUCCAACAACCAUUCAAUCUAUAUGAUAUUUCCACUUACCAAGUGGAUACCACCCAAAUAACAUUAACCUUCACACCA